UCAGCUUGAGGUGAAUGUACUGCAUAGGCCUACUGGUAGCACAGAGUAAAAUAAUGUUGAUGUGUGCUGUCAAACGCCCUAGUGAUAAGUAUACAGCAUAGGCUACAAUGGAGUCACACAUUAGAACUGCUGUGUGCCCUUGGCUGUUACCAGGCCAUAAAGAGCCUAGGUUUUUUAAUCCAGAAGUAGGUUGCAGUUGCCUAACUUUCAUUAAUGGUGCCUAUUGAAUGUUCUGGCUCAAUUAACCAAACAUGGAUAGUAAUGAAGAGUCUGCAGAAUUAAAGAAAAGGGUAGGCAUAACAGAUUUUCUUUAUUUAUUGAUAUAAUGACAAAUCAAAAAAAUAGCCUGUUUGAUGAUGAUAUCCACACAGAAUGGAUUAUCUGCAACCAGUGUGUGAGAGAGGAAUGCCUUUCACACAGUCAUAAUCAAUGGUUGCUGUGUAAAGAGUGCAGAAUUAAUUUAGACUGUAAUUCGAUGUUAUGCUCAGACGAUGGGACACUGAUUAAAACAGCUGAUCAAUUGUAUUAUAAUCAGUAUAUUUACUGCGCAUCAACCACAUUCUCGAACGGCACUCUGCUUAAGGAUGAGUACGUUAGAGCAAACUUUGCACUUGUAAGAUAAAUGCAUUUUGAUUGACAGCAAAAUCUAUAGAUUAAACAAAGUACAGGACUCAAAAUGACUAAAAGAGAUACGGAAUAUCAACCUCUGCUUGAAGGUAUCACGGAAACAAAACAGAAAAUUAAGUGUCCUAACACAUCCCUUCUACUGGCAAUUUGUGCAGCUUGCAUCGGAGGAACCUUUCAAUAUGGUUAUAAUAUUUCGAUCAUCAAUUCCCCCACCAAGUCUGUGCAGAAUUUCAUCAACCAAACCUGGCUGGAGCGCUAUGAAGAGAACAUCUCAGAGCAAUACCUCACUCUACUGUGGUCCAGCAUCGUGUCCAUUUUCACAAUAGGUGGAUUUAUUGGCGCGACUAUUGGUGGAACACUGGCUAUUAAAUUUGGGAGAAAAGGGACACUGAUGAUGAACAAUGCAUUUGCCUUACUGGCUGCUCUGUUGAUGGGCCUGAGCUAUCCCACUGGAUUAUUUGAACUGCUCAUAAUUGGACGAUUUUUCACAGGAGUAAAUGCGGGCAUUGGCAUUUGCGUUCAGCCACUGUAUCUGGGGGAAAUCGCUCCAAGGGCACUUCGUGGCGCCAUGGCGAUGGGGACCUCUAUUUUCAUCACUGGGGGCAUCCUUACUGGACAGGUGAUUGGGCUUAAUGAGCUCCUGGGUAAAGAAGAGUACUGGCCCAUCCUACUCUCCACCACCUGUAUCCCAGCGUUCCUGCAGCUCCUCAUACUACCCUGGUUCCCAGAGAGCCCUCGCUACCUGCUAAUCGACAGAGGGGAUGACGUUGGAUGUGGAACCGCGAUGAAGCAACUCCACGGCACAGAUAACUUUGACCGCGAGCGGGAGGACAUGGAGAGGGAGAGGAUCAGUGCUAUGGGGAUCAAACCCAAAAAGCCCUGGGAGCUGUUCAUGGACCGCAGCCUCCGCUGGCAAGUUCUCACCAUCAUCCUGAUCAAUGCCGCCCAGCAGCUCAACGGCAUCAACGCUAUUUAUUUCUAUACAGAUUAUGUGUUUGAGGAGGCUGGAAUUCCAGAGGUUAACAUACCCUACGUAACUGUGGGCACAGGAGCCUGUGAAUGCCUCACUGCCCUUACCUGUGGCAUGCUGAUCGAAUCUCUGGGACGAAAAGUGCUUAUCAUCGGAGGGUACACCCUUAUGGCUUUCUGGUGUAUUUGCUUCACUCUGACCCUCACCUUCCAAGGAGCAGGCCCAUGGAUACCUUAUCUUAGUAUGGGAUGUGUCUUUGCUUUCAUACUGAGCUUUGGCUUGGGACCAGGUGGUGUGACAAACAUCUUGAUCACAGAGUUAUUCACACAAACCACACGGCCUGCUGCAUACAUGAUCGGAGGGUCUGUGAACUGGCUCAGCUUCUUCUUCAUUGGCAUGGCGUUUCCAUUCAUUGUGACUAAGUUGCAACAGUAUUGUUUCCUGGUGUUCUUGGUUGUUUGUGUCUUGGUGGCUGUAUACAUAUUCCUGGUAGUCCCCGAGACGAAGAACAAAACCUUCCUGGAGAUCCAAACAGAGUUCCAGUCUGGAGAAAAGAGGAAGGCUUCCAAAGCUGACCACAGCCCAAGUACAACGUUGUUGUCAACCCCUCUGUGAAACACAGCUUCCAGUGUUUGCUGCAAAUGUGUACCACACUAUGAAUAUCUCCCUGUCAUAUGGAUUUUUUUAAAGUUCCAGAAUGUUCAUUCUUUGUCAGGGAUCGUGAUUUUGAAGAGUAGACAUGAUAACUGGAACACGGGAAACAACAUAUACUGGUCAUUUGGUAUUAGCUGCUCAGGAUUAUAUUAUAAGAAUUUUACUGGAAAAUGUGUUGACAUUUGAUCUAUAUCUGUAUCUGCAAACAUCUGCCAAUUAACCUUUUGAAUGAAUAAAAUACAUUUUGAGAUGACUAUC